AUGAAUCAGGCGAAUACUGGUAUCGAGCUCACGACGGUGCUGGAACAGAACGUUUCCAAGGUAGUAGGAGAUUAUGGUCCAAUCCACGUCCCAUCUACGACGCCAAUGGAUCGCAAUGCUAUGGUCGCCGAUCUUCAUCGACUCGCGUGCUUGAUAUAUGUCAAUCGGGCAGUCCAUUGUGUCACGGGAACAGAAUUCCGUCACAGGCGACUCGUGAAAGAGGGUAUAUCACUGCUGAACAAGAUGGUAACGUGUCAGAAUGCGUGGCCAUUGUUCAUUAUCGCGUGCGAAGCAGUCGGGGAUGAUCAGCGCCUUGCUAUCCUGGACGUCUUUGAACAAAGUCGGCAAGAUCGAAGACGAAGAUCAAGUCACAUUCAUCUCAUUCAGCAUAUGGUCGAGGCCGUAUGGAACCAACAUGAUCUCAAUGAGGAGAACCAAGUCGACUAUCUAACAAUUUUCGAUGCGGUUGUUGCUGGCGUUCCAUUCAUACCACCAUUUGCCUGA